AUGAUUGGUGUUGGGCUUUGUCCCCGACACACUCCAGUCAAGAGAAUAAGCAAUUGUGUCGUUGGCUUGGACCCAGUUUUAACAUUGGCGGAUCUCUGUGUUUUGCAUGUGCCACUUCUCUCUCCAGAGAAGAGCGGGAUAGAUCCUUCCGGUGCCUACAAAGCUGAUGAAAAGUAUAUCAGACCUCUGCACACAAACGCUAACACUCCGCACUUUGAACGAUAUGAAGAUGAUGAAAUGUUGCAGCAUGAAGAGCCUUUUGAGGAAGCCCAAUCUGAAGAAGAUGAUCAGGUGGAAUUUGACAAAUAUGUUGAUGUUAAGAUCCGGAAGAAUGAAAAUGGUAUUGACAAAUUUGGAGUUGUUCGUGGAAGAAAAAGAAGAGCAGAUGGCUUGAUGGUUGGUUCGUAUCAUGAGAAGCCUGUCUUGGACACUUCUAUUUAUGAAGUCGAAUGGCAUGACGGUGAAACUGAAUCCUAUCGUGCAAACAAAGUCAUUGAAGCAAUGAUGAUGAAUGUUGAUGAUGACGGUAAUAGUAUCCUCCAUGCGAAAGAAUUUAUUGAUCCCAGGACGGAUGGCACACAAGUCCAUGCUGAUGAUGGUUUUGUCAUGGUAAAGAAUAUGAAAGUUCCUCAAAGAACAACAAAAGGGUGGGAUCUGUGUGCUCAAAUUCAUGGUGAUGCCAGUGUUGUCACUCGUGAGAGUAUUUGUAUUGGAUUCUUGCUUGCUUUGUUAAAUGGUUUGGAUAUUUUGUCUGCUGACAUUGCUGGAGCGUAUUUGAACGCGCCUUGUGCUGAGAAGAUUUACACAGUACUUGGACCCAAGUUUGGAGACCUUGAGGGCCGCACUGCUGUUGUGGAGAAAGCACUCUAUGGAUUCAAAUCUUCCGGGUUCUCCUGGAGAUCUACGCUUUCUAAGACUCUGAGACAAGAAAUGGAGUUCAAACAAUGUCGUGGUGACAUGGAUGCUUGUAGAAAACCCGCUUUGAAGUCAAACGGCAAAAAAUAUUACGAAUAUAUUUCUUUUUACACUGAUGACCUUAUGGCUGUUUCUGAAAAUCCUCGUGCUUUAUUGGAGAGGCUUGGAACGCAUUACAUGCUCAAGCCUAAUAGCCUACAACAUUCCUUGGUGCAACAAUUUCAAAACGUUUUGUUGAUCCUAGUGAUUCUUGAAAAUGCUGGUCAAUUGGUUCAACUAACUAUUUGCUUGAAGCGUUACGUGUCGUUAAGUCUCGAAUCUCACAUCAAAAAUACAACUUGA